GGCGGACUCGCUGCUGCGGGCUUGCCGGGGAGCCAGCCCAUCGCUGAGCCCCAGGAGCAGCCCGCUGGGCCAGCAAACGCCCGGGGAGCAGCGUGCGCGGCUGGGCAGAGCCCGGCUCCUCCGGCAGCCUCCUGCGGCUCCUGCUGCUGUGCACGGAGCGCAGGGCUGCUGUGGGAGGGAUAACUCAUCCCCGAGCCGGAGCCAGAGGUGUCGGACGGAAACUGCUCGCCGCAGGGACGGAGGCGAACUCCGCUGCCAGUGCCGCCUUCCUGGGAUUGCCGGGGCCGGCAACGUGGGAAACGUUUCCCGAGGAGAGCUUUAUCGCCCCGGCGGGAUCAUGGCUUGGGGGUUUCGGUGCAGCCUCUUGCUGCUGCUGUGCCUCGCAGCAUGCCAGGGGACGCGGGCUUCCCAGAACUGCCUCAACAAACAGCAGCUCCUGGCCGCCAUCCGCCAGAUGCAGCAGCUGCUGAAGGGGCAGGAGACGCGCUUCACCGAGGGCAUCCGCAUGAUGAAGAGCCGGCUGACCACGCUGCAGAACACCGUGACCAAAGCUGCCCUGGACCCGCCUGCCGUGUCCUGCCCGGCCUUACAAGCUCCUGUGGAUGGACAGAAGUUUGGUACGAAGUAUUUGGUGGACCAUGAAAUCCACUUCACCUGCAACCCGGGCUUUGAGCUCCUGGGCUCCAGCACACGGAUGUGCCAGGCAAACGGCAGCUGGACUGGAGAGGAACCUCAGUGCAAAGGUAUCAGCAAGUGCUCUAGUCACCCGUGCCAGAACGGCGGGACGUGCGUGGACGGGCUGAACCAGUACGAGUGCCUCUGCCCGCAGGAGUGGACCGGAGCCAACUGCCAGUAUCAAACACAGACGGCACCCCCCACCCGGAGCGUCCCCAACGACCCUGCUUUCAGCCGCAAGCCCCGCUGCGCCAAGACCGACCGGACCCAGCACUGCAGCUGCGAGCCAGGCUUCCAGAUGAGCGGCACGGUGGACAACGGCCUGUGCCAGGACAUCGACGAGUGCGAGGUCUACAAGCUGGAGGGGGCCCCUCGCCUCUGCAUGCACACCUGCAUCAACGUCCCCGGCUCCUACCGCUGCGCCUGCCCCCGCGGCUACAACCUCCUCGGCGACGGGAAAAGCUGCGAAGACAUAGACGAAUGCGCCCUGUCCCAGCAUAACUGCACAAGGGGCACCACGUGCAUCAACACGGGAGGGGGCUUUCAGUGCGUCAGCUCAGAGUGCCCCCAGUCCAGCGGCAACGUCACCUACGUGAAAACAUCGCCCUUCCAGUGCGAACGCAAUCCCUGCCCGAUGGACAGCAGAGCCUGCCACCACGCACCCAAAACCAUCUCUUUCCACUACCUCCCCCUGCCAUCUAACCUGAUCACCCCCACCCCUCUCUUCCGCAUGGCGACCGCCUCCGCGCCCGGCCGGCCGGGACCCGACAGCCUGCGCUUCGGCAUCGUGGGCGGCAACAACCGAGGGCACUUUGUGAUGCAGCGGUCAGACAGGCAGACCGGGGAGCUGAUCCUCGUGCAAAGCCUCAAGGGCCCCCAGACGAUAGAAGUGGACGUGGACAUGUCUGAGUACCUGGACCGUGCUUUCCAGGCAAAGCACGUGUCCAAAAUCACAGUCUUUGUGUCUGCCUACGAGUUCUAGAGGAGGCAGCAGGCGCCAGCCAGAAAGCCAGCAGCUCCCGGCUGGUCCUGCCCGCCCGCCACCCCCUCCCAGCACCCGCGAAAACGAAAUGAACUGCCUUCGUCACCCGGUAACCACCCGUGCCCUGGGACGGCAGCAGCGAACAGUGAGAGGCCGCACAGAGAAGUGCAACCUUCCAAGCCCAGACCAAAGAGAGGAGGGUACCCGAGGUGACUUCAGCAUUUGGAUGACCUCAUAAGCCUGUUCGUUUUCACAGUGACAUUCCCUUUUCAGCAUCUUCCGCAGCUCGCACAGCCAAAAGCCCUAACCCUGGAGGCAGAUGUGCAACAGGGAAGCUCCAGACGGUAGUGCACGCAGAAGCCUCUCUGCAGUUAACCACCCUCUCCUCUGGGUUAAGGUUGUUUUGUCUGAGUCUCCAGGCUGGUUUUACGCCCACGUACAUGAAAAACAGCAAAUGAAGUGCUAAAGAAAUCAUGUGCUCUCCAACAGCAAGCAGCUGUUCCACCGCCGAGCCCUGGCAUGGGAAUAGCGAUGGGCUAUCCGCUUGCUGGGACACGAGAGAGGUGUCCUCACCGGGAGGAAGUGUACCAUGCAGCCUCGCCAGGCAGGAUUUUAUUCUCUUCCAAGGCUCACAGAGAUGUCCCAUGGCCUUUGUGCCUGCACGGUGCAGAAAGCAGUAGAUGGAAACUGAGGUCCUUGUUUUCUUUUAGUACUUUCUUCUAGAAGUAAAGUUGGUGCAGCCAAGAGGAGAAAGGAGAUAGUACAAUAGAGUUCAGUCAUAGUGGCUACUACUCUUCACCAAGCUGGCCCAGGCUUGUUCCUACUGACCACAGCCUAACAAAAGCAUGACUACGCUCCCCUCUGAAUGCUGAAAAAGCUGCAUUAGCCUGUGGGGUGUUCCAGGUGUUUCAACAAAGAGAGGUGGUUCAGUUUCCCCUAGAAUAGACCAGGACUGGAAAAAUGCCAGCCUGGACUUGCAGCCCACAGCUAAGAUGUCAGCAUUGCAUAGCGCUCAGGUCUCAGGACACUGGAGAUGGCACCCGGUGAGCUGUAAGACGAAAUGCUGUCAGAAUGUGUUUAGGAUAAAGCAUAUUGCACUUGUAGCCCUCAGCGUAUGUAACAAACUCAAGAAGUCAAAAUCCACUCCAGCCUUUGCUCACAGACUACUUUCUAAAUAGCAAUUUCAGAGUGAGACUACAUAAAAAUUAAGCAGGCAUUUUCAUGCCAUGGAUAGAGGGAAGCAUGUGUUGUCUUACAGCUCUUGAAACAAAUCCUGUUCCCAGUUUCUUACGAAUUCAAGGCAUAACUUCAGGAGUCAGUUAUCCUGAGGAGUCACUGGAGAUGCACAGGGAGGACUUUAUCUGGUAUGUUUGUACAGAAACAGCUGGUGAGAAGUUGCACUUUUCAACUCCUCUUCCAUCAUGAUGGUCCAUGACCUUAUCCCUAUGAUAAUAUAUCUUGCAAUGCACCUACCUGGCUCCUGGUACCAUCUUCAGGAAGGGGAUACCACCGUCAGGCAAAGAAGGGAGUCCCAGACAGUCUGGACCUGAGUGAGCAGUUGGUAUCAUCACACAUGAGAGAGUGUGGAACUGAAAAAGUAGUAAUUGGUGCAAGGAUUGUGAGGACCCAGGGCACAGAGCAGUGAGUAGUGCUGAGAAGGAUCAGUUGCUAGACCGUGGCCUCCCAGCCCCUUCACCCUCUUCAGCUUGGAAAUGUGGGACCAAGUCUUGGCCGAUCUUUGGAGCAUUGCAAGCAUGCCACAAGAAGAGCAAAUGUCACUCGACUGGGGAAUUGUUACCCUCCGGGAAUUGCAUACGGCUGCACAAAACCCCAUGUGCCCACUCACCCCGCCUUACCUUUAACGACCAGCUUCGGUGUGCCUUAAACCAGAAAAGAGUGGCCAAGUACGCUGGGACUGACAAGCGCAGGUUCGGUGUGUGCUCUGUGCGAUGGAGAGCUUUUUGUCUUGGUGCCUUUGGAAGUGGUUGACCCAAGCGCUGUUCUCACCCCAAAGCACAGGCAAGGGGACAGCACAGUGCUCCAGUGCCCUUCAAGUGAUUUAAGCAGCUCCUGCCCUGUGAAGUGAUCAGCCCCAAUGCCAAGUGCUGCAGGACGGCCCGAUCUUCCCCUGCGUUUCCUUUGCACGGCGAUGGGCUAAGCGCUGUGCUCCAGCCGGUUCCCAUGUUCCAGCUGAUGGGCAGCAACUCCUUAAACCUCUUGAACAUGGUCACGCACAUCCAUCCACCCAAGACCGCAGGGAAGCCUCGGCAAGCUUGUACGAAUGUGCCACGCAGCAGGCAGAGGGACACUAUUUCAGCUGCAUUUGGUACUCACGUUGAGGGAACUGAAGGUGUGAAUAUUUCAUUUUUAAUAAACCACUGCCUCCACUGUCAGUUAUGUUUAAGCAGCUCUAGGAAGCACCAGCUCAGAUUCAGCAGUUCAGCUUCUGUUCUUUGCAUAUGUGGAUAUAACACAUGCACAUGGGGAGGCACCUCUGUCCUGUCACCCCUUUCAUCCUUAGGUACCUGUUCCUCAAGUGCAGAGCUUGCGCACGUUAACCACAAAAACACACUGUUAUGCAUGUUUCUUUAUUAUGAUGGUUUUAAUACAAUUAAAUGAUGAUAUAGCCUACCAGCAGGUGCAGAACAGAAUAAAGUACUUCAUGCAUCUUU